UCGUCGCACGCAACUUCCAUACGCGUGCGCACCGAAAAUUGGUUCUCGAAAAACGCCAGAGUUUCGCCUCUUUAAGAGUCCUCUGUAGCCUCUAUAAGACUACUCCACGGUGUCGCACAAAUGUACGCACCACUUACCUUUCUAUCAUUCGUGACGAUCUUCCUGAAAGUUGCAUAUGGUUGCAUGCAUGUUUUGUUGUCGUGGGCGAUGUUAUGUCCAGAUGAUAAGACAGUGAAUCUAUUUGUACUUUAACGCAUUAGUUGGAAGGAAAUGGGUAAUCAAGUGGCACGUGCUGGACAUGCAUCGUCCAAAAAAACUGAAUCCGCUGUACAUACCGGCGAUACGACCAAUGCAACUAGCCUUUCGAAAAGUUCGUCGGGCUCCGAAUUAGAAAGUCAUUCGCAUAUGCAAUUUUUUCCAAUUGAGAAUCUGGCGAAGACUUUAUCUCAUCUAACUCACGACGAGCAACGUAUUACUGGAAUUACCCAAUCUGUAUUUCAACGGUACCUUUUCCCUAAUUAUCCAGAAUUAGGUGAAAAUUUGUUCAAUUAUUUGCAUCAUGCUGCCAAUGUUAAUACCUCCCAUUUGAGCGCAAAUGCUUUCAAACAACAAGCAGAAAAGUUCCUCUCCGUAAUGAAUGAUCAAACUGUAUUAGAAAAUUAUGUAAAAAUGUAUUCGAAUCUAAAAGAAGAUGGAAAUAUUACUCCUGAUGGGUUAAGAGGUUUAUUGAAUAUUUCUUAUAAAAUUGCAAUGGAUAGUAGUGGAACUCCUUCCUGUAUUUUUGCUGAACAAAUAAUCAAUGCGGUUAUUGUUUCAUGUUUUCACGGCAAAUAUGUGCUAUCUGUGAGUUACGUGACUAACUGGAUUUGUCAGCAUUGUCCUCGUAUGAUACACGGUCCCCAUCAUUACGUAGUACACGUAUUGACAACUGCUUAUCGAAACGGUACUGCUCUGUUGUCCAAAGAGCAGCCUCAACCACAUUUGGAAAUACCAACACCUAUAUUGGAGCAACCAGAUUCUAUAGAUUUUCCUCGAGUUUUACUACCUGUGAGCUAUGUUUGGUUGCUGUCGAGUACCCUACCUGAAUGUUACCUUCAGGCAGAGGAAUCGCCAAAUGAUGUUCCUCAUGCUUUGAUAGCUAAAAGAUUGGGCAAUGUAUGCCCUAGACAUUGGACGUUAUUAUAUAAUAACUCGGAACAUGGAACAGGAGCCAACCGUUUUUUACAUCAUGUAUUAGGAUAUAGGGGUCCCACGUUGUUAUUCAUAAGAGCUGUUAGCCCAGACAAGGAUACAGUAUGUCCUACAUACUGCAUAUGCUCUGCAGUAGAAUGGCGUGAAAGUCACCUGUAUUGGGGCGAUGAAGAUUCUAUGGGCAUUGAAUUAUUUCCAUCGUACAGAGUUAUAGAAAGGGGAGCUAAAGUAUUAUAUUUGAAUACUAACAUCAGGGGUUACCCUCAUGGUCUACGUUUCGGAAGUAAUCCACGUUCACCACAUAUCAGCAUAGACGAAUCAUUCCAAUCGGUCAGUAUUGCAGGUGCACCUUAUCCGAUUGCUAGUUUAGAAGUUUGGGGAUGCGGACAUACAAAACUGAGGGAACGUCAAUUGGAAAUUAAGAAGUGGCAAGUGAAGGAAGCUGAAAAACAGAGGAUUGUUAAGUUAAGUGCUAGUGAUUGGAUAGAUCAUCCUGAUCGCUAUUUACUCGAAUUGGCGGGCAGGGCAUCCUAUAAUGAAACAAAUAAAUAAUUAUUUUAAGACAAUGUAUGAUAGCACAAAAUUGGUUCCAGAGUAAUAGUAGAUUGCUUGUACAUAUGUAUAUAUUACCAAACAUACUGUUAUACCGAUAUGUACUUAUGCUAUAUGUUUAAGAUUGAAAAAAUUUGUUUUUAAGCGCACGUACUUAUCCACAAAUGCGCUGUGAGUGCAGGUUUUAAUUUUGCGAUCAUGAAACAUAAUACAUGAUUUAAGUAUCUUUUAUGAUAGCAAACAUACUCGUGUUAAGUAUUUAAAUAUGCCGUGUUACAAAAGAGCAAAAAUUAACGGAGUAUGGAAAUUACAUGAUAACCGGAAGAGGUUUUAUUAACUUAUUAUUUUAUCAAAGAAUGACUUAAAACUCAAAUCGAAGUACUUAAAAGACCUAAAUGCAGUAUAUUUUAAAUAUAAUUUAAAAUCAUAUGUUUCUGCUCAAUAAUGUUAAAUAAUCUAAACGAUACACGAGUGAAAUAUUAAAAAUAUUAUAAAUGAAAGUAUGCCAUUUUAUACGAUGACGAUUUGCAAUUUACGAUACGUGGAUAAAAAGAGGAAAAGAGAAAAUUGAAAAGUUUGUUAACGUCGUAAAUGCUCAAUCGUUGUUAGAAGAAAAUUUAGAUGUAUUCGCUGAAGUAAGAUCUCAGCGAAUUUAUAGGUGCUGCUACAUAUUUUCAUGUGAUCUUGCGAAUAUGUACAUUUCGGCUACUGCGUGCCUUACGUUCAUGUUGUUUAUUACGAUUUAGUAAACAACCUGAAAAGAGUCAUCAGACUUAGUAUUGAUAUACCUAAACGCCUAAGUGAACUUUGAAACUAUUAUUAUUGCGCUUUAGGAACCUGUUAUUUGCGUCUAAGGUAACACCUUCCUUUUUUAAAUUACCAAUGUUUAAUAAUUUAUUUCGACCAAUUGAAUCGUUUAGAACGCGAGAUUUGUAUUUAAAUAAGUAAUAGAAAUACCAAGAGAUUGUUUUUAUUUUAAUGAAUAUGAAUUGCGGAAAUGUUACUCCUUAAUUGAAAAAUAAAUAA